AUGAGUCUUGCGCUUCGUCGUAUCCAGCGUCAUCGCAGCCCUAGAAUCACUCCUAUAAGGCUAACAGAUGUCCAUACUCGCCAUGGUUUGACGGGCACUUGGAUUGCAGGUAGUUCAGCUUUUUAUCCUGGAUACUCACUAAUGGGACAGACUUUGAGCGAACCGGUAACCACAAAGGAAUCCGCUUCAUGUGUUAACGAAUUGUUCACUGUGGGCAGUUCAUGUAUGCAAGGAUGGCGAAUAAAUAUGGAAGAUGCGCACACACACCUGCUAUCGUUACCAGAUGAUCCACGAUGUGCGUUUUUUGCUGUUUAUGAUGGUCAUGGUGGUCCUAAGGCAUCACAAUUUGCUGGAAUCAAUUUACACAAGCAGAUUCUUCAGCAGGCUGAUUAUGCAAAGGGCAAUUUACCCGAAGCAUUGAGGAAAGGCUUUUUGGCAUUGGAUGAGCAAAUGCGGUCGGACGAUGAAAUGCGAGACGAUGUCUCGGGUGCCACAGCAGUUGUAGUACUGGUGAAAGACGAUGUUAUCCACUGUGCAAAUGUUGGCGAUUCACGAGCUGUCGUGUCAGUAUGUGGUGAAGCUCGACCGCUGUCGUAUGACCACAAGCCAGCCAACGAAAAAGAGGCUAAAAGAAUCCUUGCUGCUGGUGGCUGGGUAGAAUUCAAUCGCGUUAAUGGUAAUCUAGCCCUUUCACGUGCUCUUGGUGAUUUUGUAUUCAAACGAAAUGAAUCUAUCCCACCAGAGGAACAGAUCGUUACUGCUUAUCCCGAUGUGAUUUCCGAGAAUAUCACUGAUGAUCAUGAAUUCAUAGUGUUAGCAUGUGACGGCAUUUGGGAUGUGCUAAGUAAUCAAGAAGUUGUUGAUUUUGUACGAGAGAGAUUAGCCGAACAUAGAGACCCUCAAACGAUCUGUGAAGAACUACUUACCCGAUGCUUGGCACCCGACGCACAAAUGGGCGGCGUAGGAUGUGAUAAUAUGACUGUAGUUAUCGUUGGGCUACUGCAGAAGCAAAGUUUUGAGCAUCUGGUCACCAAGUGCGCACGAACUUCACGGGCUGAUCAGAAGAAAGAGGAAACGACUAAUGACGAGGACACCCGACAACAUAGGAAGAAGCUCCUCCCGCUGAGUUUACUGCUUGAUGGAUGGUCAACCUAUCGUAUGAUUUAUGAUGAAUGUGGAUCACUGUGAUAUGAGUUGCUCAAAGCUCUAGCUUCGCUGUCUUUAUCGCCAUGAAAAUUACCACCGGUGCUUGGUUAGUAGCUGCACAUUUUUCAUUCAUUAGCUGUCCACCUUCUUCCUUUUUCCCAGUUUUCAUGUUUCGGGCUUUGUACGUUCAUGAUUAGCGACUAAUGUUUGUGCCCAACGUUUGAUAGGUAUACUUUUCCCUUUCUCUAUAUCAUGGUGGCUGACUCGCUGUGGCGUCAAACUUAUUUUUGUUUUGCCAACAUACGUUUAGCAUCUUGAUAUGCUUUCUCUUCGUAUGCCGCAUUCCCAUCGCACUUGGCCACUUCUUACCCAGUAGACCGUUUUACUAUAUGUAUGUCCCUAAUCUCCGUUUUUCUUUCUCUCUGAUCCCACCUGUGUUGCCUUCUUUGCCGCAGGUGUGAGUUAUUACCAACUUAUCCCGUCUUAUAGAAUGACUUUUGUGAAUAUUUCCAUUUUUCCCCCUUAACAUCUUGUGUUGUAUCAAGUCGAAUUAUGUACGUGUGAUUGUAAUGAUAACUCCAUUGCCGA